UCAAUUCUCUUUUCAUCACAUGAUUCUCGGGAUCACAUUCAGGUCAUCAGGCUUGAGGACAAGUACCUUAACCUACUGAGCCAUCUCUCUCUCCCACCCAAGUACUGUUGAUCUUAGGACUCAGAAAGUAAUUUGCUCAGCAUCACACAGUUGAUGAGCUGGACUUCAAGUCCAGGUGUUUGACUCCAAAGUGGUUGUCCUGUUCAGAGCAUCCGUGCCGCCCCCAUUGACAGCCAGGGAUCUGGAUGUCAUCUUGUUCAGUUUUGGUCAGUCUAGAAACACAUCUUAGGGUAGACAAAGAGGAUGUGUUUGGAAGGAACCUCAGGUAUCUGUUGCUAAGGGGAAAAUUGGAAGAAAUAAAGAGGCAUGGACUUUGAUUGUGGCCUUGAAGUAAAGUGUCCUUAGCGAGGUGAUGUACCACUGUCUCCAUCCCUGGAGAUCACAGGGAUCUUUGCUGCCUGGUAUUCCACAGGAUGGGAUCCAGCUGUGGAUGGGGUGGGUGACACAAAUGGGUUACAUCCUUUCUGGAGAAAGGUGAAAGGAGGGACACGGUUUGCAUAUGCUGAACAUGUGGUAUCCUAGCAACUCUAAACUUCGUCUCUUCCUAAGUUACCCCAUGCAUUCCUCUCCUUCGACCACUUACUCAGGGUUCUUCUUCUCAGACCACCCAGGUCGUCCAAAUUCCUUCCCACUUCCGCUUCCACAGUGUGUGUUGGUUUGGGGCAGUCUGGGAUAAUGGCUGCUUGUCUCUCUCCACACUGCAAGUAGGGUUGAGGCUAAAGCGCGCAGGCUUGAGGCAGACCAAGGGCUAAGGCUUUGCAGUUGGUUUUGUGAGUCACUGUGCACUCUGAGUACCCGCCCACUGGUGGCAGCUUAGCUUGUGGGAACGGUUAGACCCAGUCUAGGGACUGGGGCUUUCUCAGUGGCCUUGUCAGCUCACAGCAGAAGUGAACAGCCUUGAGUUGAGGAAAUUGUGGCUGGACAGUCACGGAGGUAGUUCUGCUCCGUGCUCAAGUCUUACUGACCGAGCAGCUGCGUCUAUUAACGUCUGAGCUCCCGAAGAGGAGAGGGGGCCCAUUGGCCUGCUCUGUUCAGUGGGGAUGUUGGAGCAAGCUGCCCUGCUUGCCCUCUUCCUGCUCCUCAGGGGUCACCAGGGUUACGGCCAACAUCAUACCUUCGUAUCCUGACCUGUACUGGAGGAAGCAGCUGAAGUUGUACCUUGUGUUGGGAGCCAAACUUGGUAGUGUGGGAGUCACAGCUGGGACUGGCUUUUGAAGGCAUGAAGGGGUUCAUGUAGAGCGCCCGAGGCUUGGCACUGUGUGGCGGGGCUGGGGUCCCUGAAGAGAGUCCAUGCGAGGCUAUUGGUGAAAGUUGCCGCAGAAGACCCUUGCAGUCUUGGAGAUGGCAGCACCAUGGGAUGACCACACCGACGGCAGCAGCAGUGGAGUGGCGCCUCCUGGAACUAGAAGACAGCUGUGUGUUGCAGAGAGCGGAGCUGGAGAAGAGACCUCCUUGGAGGAGCCCAGAAGAUCGCUGCUCAGAUUCUACUGAUGAUGUGGCUGGCAUCUCAGGAAAUCCUCUCUGGCUGCGGCCUUCCAAUAUACAGACAAAAAUCCGUUCUAUUCAGUGGAAGAAAACACAACUGGGCUCACCUGGAAACAGUUACGAGAGACUGAUUCGUUAUACUUGUGAUCACAAAAAGCCACCUGAAUUUUCUAAUGGCUUCAGUAAGACAUAUGAUUUUAAUGCCUCGGAUUUUGCUCUUGGCAUCAAGUCAGCUAAGCUGCAAGACAGUGGUCAUUAUGAGAUGGAGAUCACCAAUCACAGUGGAAAAAUUUGCAGUAAGAAAUUCCAGAUUCUUAUAUUUGAUCGUGUUGAGAAGCCUCACCUGCAGGGCCAGUGGAAAGCCUGGGCUGAUGGGAUGUGUCAACUGUUUCUGGACUGCUUGGUGCCCAAGGAUGACAAUGUGAGCUAUGCUUUGUACAGAGGGAGCAAGCUGAUCUCAGAACAAAGGAACUUUACCUACCUGGAGAACCAGACUGAGGCCAGCAGCCUGCACACGUAUACCUGCAAUGUUAGCAACAAAGUCAGCUGGGAAAGUGACACCCUGAACAUCACCCAGGGCUGUCAGAGUGUCCCUCAAAAAUUCGGAUUUCUGCCCCUUGUGCUGAUCAUCGUUAUUCUAGUCAUGCUACUCCUCGGUGCCGUCACUUACUUCUGUGUGUGGGAUAAGAAGAGAAAGAAGUCACAAUCUGGUGCUAAGGAAUUUUCAACGAUAUAUGACUAUGUCACGGACCCACAUAGCAGGAGGACUCAAGUAGGACAUUCCAGGGCAUCAGGAUCUCCUUCAGCUGUCCAGGAAAAUGGAAGGGGACAAAGAGAACUGGACAGGUGUCAUCUCGAGGAGCAGAUGCUGGAGCAGAAAUCCUCUGGAGAUGGAGGUACCAUCUACUCUCUGGUCCAGUACAAGCCUUCUGAUUCCACAUCACAAGAAAAAUGCACACUUUAUUCAGUUAUCCAGACUUCCAGGAAGUCUGGAUCCAAGAAGAGGAACCAGAACCCAUCCUCAAAUUGCACUGUGUACGAAGAGGUUGGACAGCAAUACCUCAAAGCGAGAAACCCUGCCAGACUGAGCCGCAGAGAGUUAGAAAACUUUGAUGUUUAUUCCUAGCCGCUGCAAGUGUUCUCAUCUUGUGUUACACAUCAUCAUUGACUUUUGAAGUGAACACAGCAGAUGAUGAUGUCAUACGAGUCUGGAACAGCUCCUAGGCUGAGAGGAUGUAGAAGUUUAUUCAUGGUUUAUAUUUUAUUUUAUCUUCUUUAAAAAAAUAGACAAGAUCUGACAUAGUAGCCAAGGAUGACCUUAAACUUUUGACCUCUCUGCCUAUACUUCCCAAAUUCUGGGAUCAUAGAGGCAAGUAUAUGUGGCCUGAAAACAAUUUUUAACAGCCACUGCAAGAUCAAGGUUGUUAAAAAUCUCCCAAGUUUACAGACCAGACAAGAACAGGUUGAGAGGUUGUUCUGGCCACACUCUGAGAUGUUGUAAUCCAUACAGUGCUGUAGAAAUGUGGGGUAGAGAGUGAUUCCCUUAUUAUGGUUCUCUAAGCUGUUAUCCCCUACUCUGACACAAUUGAUAUGAGAUGCUUGCAUUCUCAACCCUUCCCCUGCCCGCAAUGAGAGAUGGCGGCUCUGUGGAAGAGGAAGCACAGUUCCUCUUUGAGGCCGUGCUCUCUGGCUGUGAGCUAGCAGGCAGCUCUUCCAGGGAGGCUGGAGUCUUGGCUUCACUCAAACUUGGGGAACCCGUGGUCAUCCACAUCUUUACCUCUGGCCAGUUGUUCACAAGGGAGUGUAGGAAGAAGUGAGUGUAGACGGUGCAAUUCAAGCAGGUCUCUGGACAGAAGAAUCACCCAGCACAUACCAUCCUGAUAACAGGUGGUUAAGAUCAGUGUUGCCCACAGUGUGCUGGUUGGUUUACAAAUUCCCAUCACUAGAAAUUCAGAGUUCUGAAGAGUGUUCUCUGUGAUACUUCCAGAGGGAGGUCUCGGACCAUAUGUAUCCAAGUUCAGAGUUCUGAGAAGCGCUCCCCAUGAUAUACCCUGAAGGGGGGUCUCAAAUAAUUGACUGCUUAAGAUGAGGCAGUUGGGUACCACACACCAUGCUAUCCAUCUUCAGGCUAGCUCCUUCAGCAAUGCCAGGGGAGUAGGUCUGAGGGGCUGGAUGAACUAAGAGAGAACUUACUCAGAAGCUCCAACAAGGGGCUCAACUCAGAGUUUAGUUAUUUUUUUCAUGCCUCUGCUGGAAUUAAAGGCACAUACCACCACACCCGGAUUGGAGUCUUGUCCUUCAAGAGUCUCAUUCUGCAAUUAUAAUGGGAGUUGGACAUGAAAAUUUGCUCUUACACAGAGGCAGUGUUGGUCCUUUGCCUCCAUUAAACCGAUGAACUUCUAUA